UCUUUAUAUUAAAAUCCCCCCCUCCCAACUUUGUUACCAAUAAACCUAGAUUACUAUUGCACUCUUUGCUUUGCUUUCCUUCUCUCAAGGCUAAUAGCAUUUGUCAUUUAAAGUUGGGUUUUUUUUUUUGGGAGGAAAUCUUUGUUUUUUGUUGUUUGUUGUGUGGUGUGCAUGGAGCUCCAACUGGGACUCUCUCUUCCAUCCACUCCUAUUUUUCCUUUCAAAAUGUUGGACCUCAACAGCUAUGGUUACGAGCUUAGGGAGGGUUUGGGUCCAUUUGGCAUUAAUGUUAACAACAAUUGCGGCAGUUGCAGCAGCAGCUGCAGUUCUAGCAGUAGCGGCGGUGCUGAUGAUGGUGGUGGUGGCACCAAAAAACGACGACUCCUUGAUGAAGAGAAUCGAAUUGUUCCUAAAACGUUGCCUCUUUUGUUUUGGACAAACCAACGACCUAAUGAUGAAGAUGAGCCGAAAGAUGUCGACGACCACUCUUCUUCUGCCAUUUUCAAGAAUGAUGGAGAGGGUUUAGUGGGGUGGCCACCAGUGAAAGCAUGGAGGAAGAAGGUGCGGCGCCGCGUAGCCAAUGUAAGGGCGGCGGUGGAGAAUAGCUGUGGUGGUAGGGCUUCAAGUUCAACGUACGUGAAGGUAAAGAUGGAAGGAAAUGCAAUUGCCAGGAAAAUUGACAUUAGUCUUCACCACUCCUUUGAAUCGCUCACAACCACCCUGAUGAGAAUGUUUGAUAUAUCUGAUGAGAAUGGGCAAAAGAGCUUUAAACUCACUUAUCUGGACAGAGAAGGAGACUGGCUGCUUGCUGAAGAUGUUCCAUGGAGGACCUUCAUUCGAUCCUUGAAAUACAUCAAAUUAAUUCGAAGCAGAUGCUAAUAAGUUAGUGAUGGGAUGGAUGAAACUUGAAAGAAUGGUCAUGGCCUUUUCAAUUUUGCUUCAAUGUAAACAUAUAGUAAAUGAAACACUAGUUGUUUAAGACACAGGUAUGUAGAUUUGAGUGCAAUAAUGAUACCCUGCUUCAAUUAUUCCAAAAA